CUGGUUGCAGAUAUCGACGAGUGCAAGCUCCCAAGUGAAGACAUUGGUUGCUUCGGUGAAUGUGUCAACACGGUCGGGUCAUACUAUUGCCUUUGCCCGCAUAGAUCUUAUGGCAAUCACGACGCCCAAGGUGGCUGUGUCAACAUUAGCUCAACAACUACAGCAGAUGAAGAACUAUUGCCUACGGUGGCUCCGGCGCCGAUAGGGUUGCCCAAUUGCAGCACCACCUGCGGCGACGUGAGCGUGCCGUACCCCUUUGGUAUCGGCGCUGCCGCUGGGUGCUCCUGGCCAGGCUUCCACCUUACCUGCAACACAAGCUACAAUCCCCUGCGGCUGUUCAUCGACAGCAAUGCAACCCUUGAGGUCGUCGACAUCUUCUUGGCCGACUCGACGCUGCGUGUCAUCUAUGAAACCACCGUCGUCUCCCUGGGGUCUUCUGAUGGUGGCAAUGGCCACAUGGUGGGCGCCUACAACCUCCCCGACAUCGGCGGGCCAUACAUGCUGUCCGACAGCAACGAGUUCAUCCUCUACGGGUGCGACGCGCAGGCGACCCUAUACGGGGAGUACAUAAACGGCAGCAGCAGCAGCACCUCCAACGACAGCGUCAUCAGCCGCUGCGUCUCCACCUGUAGUUCUGACCAAGUCGCUGUCGCUGCAGAAAACAGUGGUUCCGGGCUGCCGGUCCCAAUGCUCACCGACAGCACGAGCAGGUCGUACUGCUCCGGCAACGAUGGCUGCUGCCAUGCGCCCAUCUCAGCCGGCAGCGCACCCAGGGGGCUGGACUUCAAAGGGUUGAACACAAGCCAGAAGAACCCAGUCUGCAUGUUUGUCUCCGAGGAGGGGUUGACUGAUCAGUGGCAGGCCAUCUUAACAUAUCUGAUCUCGGGAUACAUCGACGAGUGCAGAAUCACCAAGGUACGCGAUUCAUGCUUCGGCGACUGCAUCAAUCUGCCCGGAGAUUACGAGUGCCGAUGCCCGCGGGGAACUCAUGGCAACGCAACGGAGCGCGGCGGUUGCAUCGCCGGGUCCCCCACUGGUCUAAUAAUUGGUUUGUCAGUUGCUAGUGGCCCGGUAUUCCUGCUUUUGGUUCUAGGUAUAACAUUAGUACUCCGUAAGAUUGAGCGGCACAGAAAAGAGAUGCUGAAGCAAAAAUAUUUCAAGCAAAAUCGUGGGCAGUUGUUGCAACAAUUGGUGUCCCAAAACGCAGAUAUUGCAGAAAGGAUGAUCAUACCGGUGGAUGAGCUUGUAAAGGCGACAAACAAUUUUGACAAGGCCCGGGAGCUCGGCGGUGGAGGGCAUGGUACCGUUUACAAAGGAAUCUUAUCGGACCUACAUGUCGUGGCCAUCAAGAAAUCAAAGAUUACGAUCCAGAAAGAAAUAGAUGAGUUUAUAAAUGAGGUAGCAAUCCUCUCGCAGAUCAACCAUAAGAAUGUGGUCAAACUCUUUGGAUGUUGCUUGGAGACUGAGGUACCAUUGUUGGUUUAUGAGUUUAUUUCUAAUGGAACACUUUAUCAUCAUCUCCAUGCCGAAGGACCAAGGUCUCUAUCUUGGAGCAAUAGGUUGAGGAUAGCAACUGAGAUAGCUACUUCUCUUGCAUAUCUUCACUCAUCGGUUUCAAUCCCGAUAAUCCAUAGAGACAUCAAAUCCAGUAACAUACUUCUCGACGAUACACUAACAUCAAAAGUAUCAGACUUUGGAGCUUCAAGGUACAUUCCAACGGACAAAAUUGGUUUGACAACAAGGGUUCAGGGAACAGCAGGAUACUUGGAUCCUAUGUACUUUUACACUGGUCGCCUCACCGAGAAAAGUGAUGUCUAUAGCUUUGGUGUCAUCCUUGUUGAGCUGCUCACUAGAAAAAAACCAUUUCCAUAUUUAUCCGACGAAGGUGAUGGCCUUGUUGCUGAUUUUGUCAACCUUCUUGCUGAGGGAAACCUUCUCGGGAUGAUUGACCAACAAGUCUUAGAAGAGGGAGGCGAGGAAAUCCAAGAAGUUGCCUCACUUGCAGCAUACUGUGUAAGCUUAAGAGGCGAGGAAAGGCCAACGAUGCGGAAGGUGGAACACAUACUAGAGGGACUUUGGGGUACCAGGAAGUAUAAGAAAGAUUAUACAUAGCACAGGAAUGCGACAAUCAAGUAGAAGAGAUAUAGUAUAAGAAAAAAAAUUAUGUCUACUAGAUAAACAAGCUAGAUAGCACAGCUCUUUGCUUUACUCCUUACAGUAAUUAAAUCCUUCUAUUGCUCAACAUAGCUUAUGUUUCUUUAGCAUGAAUCAACUGCACCCUUUCAUCAGAAACAAGUACAUAUGCUCCCUCUGUUUUGUACAUGUCACAUUAGUUUUAUCCUAAGUCAAAUAUAUUCAACUUUGACCAAGUUUAUAGAAAAUAUAACAACUAUACUACC